AUGGCGCGUGACUCUGGAGAUGGCUCCUCCAUCCGCCCAAUGUCAGCCUAUGACACUGUUCAUCAACUCUCCUCCAACUUAUCACGUCUCUCUCACGUGGGCUCAUCUCUUUGGGAAAGUACUCGGAGCCGCUUGACGCACCAGCACUCGCGGUACAAAAUGCAAAGGUACAAUGUGUUAAAACGCAAGAACACCAAAGGCGGGCACCUUGGACUUAGACGGCGAGCUCUCACGUUACCCCUGCCGGAGAAAGGUAGUGGAGAUGCCCCCUGGAACUUCCAGCAGCAAACAGUCCAGCAAACUAGUUCGGAGCUUUGUACGAAAUUACCGUACGAAGUGAGAAGCCUCAUUCUUGAGCUUGUGGUUGCUGGAGAGAGGAAUGUGGUCCAUGUAUAUAAGAAGUCAAAGCGGAUGGGCCAUUGGCGAUGUAGGAGGCAAGUCGAUGGCCAGCCGUGUACUUGGAUCGACCCCUGCUCGAAAUCUCUGCCCUUCAAAGCAAUGACCGUGGACGAGAAUGGAGUUUUGAUUAGUGGAGAUCGUACUAUGCAGCGGUACUUUGAUCGUUCCAAGAUACUGUCCACCAAAAAAGAUAGCGACAUUGGGUCGCUGUCGCUCCUGUGCACGUGCCGACAAACAUACACGGAAACAAUCUCAUUCCUCUACGCCAAAACUCACUUUCACUUCCCAGGCCUCACGGACAUUCUCGAUUUCAGACAGCAUGUCCUGCCAAAUCGUUUCGACUCCAUCCGCCUGCUCUCCAUCGACUGGGAGCCCAAUCCAUUCUUCAUCGCCUCAACCCCAAAAAUGCGCGUGGACACAUGGAACACCAUCUCGCAAAUGAAAUGCCUCCAACAGUUCAGAGUAUUCAUCAAAACGCUCUGCAUCUUACCAGAUUCCACAGCAGCUCUCUCACUGAAGCAGAAUCUCCGGAAAGUCAAGGGACUGCAGGAGUUUGAGCUAAUUGUUACGAGAGAUCAGUUUACAGUCUGGGAUGGGUUCUUGGAUGCGGAUAUGGAGGUCAAGCUUGUCAUUAACACUGAGGCGACAGGGGAAAGUAGUUUCAGGCCACUCCCUGCUGCUGCCAGCAUGGUGCGAGCAUAUUGA